AUGGCAGCUCUUUCAGAUAAUGGCCUCCAUGCAGAAGCUAUGGUUCUUUUCAGGAUGAUGCUGCUGGAAGGUGUGACGCCGAACAAAUUUACUCUCAGUACCGCCCUCGGCGUUCUUGGAAAGUCUGGAACUGCUACUGAAAUGGAUCUUGUGCAAUCUUGUUUCAGGCUGGGCUCUUUCAAGGACUUGGUACCGGCGUUGAUCGCCGCUUGUGGAAGGCUCCAACGUUACAAGCUUGCUGCAGAGGUGUUCUCCAAGGCUGAUAAAAGCAACGUCGUGGUGUGGAACUCGUAUCUGGCGUGGUGUGACGAGCCAGUUAUUCAGUAUAGGAGGAUGCUUUUGGAAGGAGUAGCAGCAGACAAGGUUACGUAUAUCAGUCUGCUUCAGUCAUCCAGGAACUUCCAUCCGGAAGAGCUACUUAGGGUGGCAAACGCAGGGAUUCAUGCAUUAGGCUUGGUGGAAGACGUGAUCAUAGCUACAGGGGUGCUGCGAUCUUACAGUCAGUGCAAACAGGUUGAGCGGGCCGUCCAAGUGUUCAACAGGAUGCGUUUCGCAGGGCAGGACGAUGCUGUUACCUGGACUUCGAUGCUCUCGGCCUACGCUGACAAUGGACAACACGAAAAGGCUGUCGAGUUGCUCCAUCGAAUGCAGCUGGAAGGACUAAAGCCCGACAAGUCGGCAUUUGUGAAAGCUCUCAAUGCCUGUGCGGCCUGUGGACGCUUGCGACUGGGAGCUUUGGUUCAUGCAAAUGUAGAGGUAGCUGGCGCCACACUCAACGCUGGCGUUGGAAGUGCUCUUGUGGGUUUGUAUGGAAGCCUCGGGAAGCUUGAGACCGCUCGCGAGCUUUUCGAAAAGCUGCCUCACAAAGACGUAUUCUCGUGGACAGCUUUGGUUUCGGCCUACUCGGACGCCGGCCAGCAUGAAGCAGCGGUUCAGGUGUUUAGAAGCAUGCAGCAGUUUGGGAUACAACCGGACGCAGUCUCCAUUCUCGCCGUGCUGAAAAGCUCUCCAAGCUCUAUCGACGCCACUGACCUGCGGCUAAGUUUGGAAAGCUGGAGCAGCAGCAGCAGAAUUUCGAUCUACACGGAGAUGCUGAGCUUGCAAGGGAAGCACGGGAGACUGGACGAGGCGAGCUUCAUCUUCGAUCAGAUGGAAGAGAAGGACAGUGUGGCCUGGAACGCAAUCAUCACGGCCUACGCUCAACACGGCCACACGGACAAGGUGAUGGAGAUGUUCCAAAGGAUGCAAGUGGAAGGCGUGGAGGCGGACAGUGGAACGUUCGCGAGCAUCACUUGCGCGUGCAGCCACGGUGGGAUGGUGAGGGAAGGGUGCAGCUACUUCGCGUGGAUGCUGGACGAGUUUGGCGUGGCCAGAGUGGAGCAAAACUACGCGAGCGUGGUGGAUCUGCUUGGGAGAGCUGGGGAGAUGGAGGAGGCCGAGAGGGCGGCAAGUUGCUCCGGAGUGGAGGGGAUGAUGAGCAACAAGUCGAUGCUUUGGAAGACGAUGCUGAGUUCGUGCCGGGCUUCAAGCGACGUGAAACGAGGAGUGGACGCUGCAUCAGAGGUGUUGAGCGAACAGCCACGCAAUCCAGAAGCGUACGUGCUGCUCUCGACUCUCUUACAUGGUGCGUGA